CUUGACAAUAAACUAGCAAUCGUGUCUGGGGCUGCGUUUGACUCCUAUGAGAAUCAGCAUAAGGAUGAAUGUCUUCCGGGCACACGGACCGAUAUCCUCAAUCAAAUCAAAGAAUGGGCUACGUCCCCAUAUAGGGAAGGCAUAUUCUGGUUAUAUGGAAUAGCUGGAACAGGAAAGUCGACUAUCUCUCGAACGAUAGCGAAAUCGUUCAGCGAAAGGCGUUCACUUGGAGCAAGCUUUUUCUUUGAGAGAGGCGAAGGAGACAGAGGGAAUGCAAGGAAGCUUUUCCCAACAAUUGCAAGGCAACUAGCAAUUACUAUUCCUUCGCUAAUGCCAAUCUUGCACCAAGCAGUUUAUGAAAAUCCAGAUAUUGCAACAAAGGGACUGCGGGAGCAAUUCGACAAACUCCUUCUUCAACCACUCCAAAGACUUAACCGAUCUAAUAUCUCACUCCAGACUGUGGUGAUAGUUAUUGACGCAUUAGACGAAUGCGAGGGAGAUGGUGAUAUACAGCUUAUACUCCAACUCCUCCCGCAAAUUCAACAGGCAGCUACAAUACGUCUACAAGUGAUUUUAACAAGUAGGCCUGAUUUACCCCGUCUCGAAUUUUCAAGGAUGAAAAACGAUCAUUAUAAGGACUUUAUUCUCCAUGAUAUUCCUUUAGAAGUGAUCGAGCACGAUAUAUCCUUAUUCUUUGCUCAUCAACUUGCAGAAAUUAGGAUAAUACAUGGCCUAUCCACAGAAUGGCCAGGCGAGAGAGAUCUCCAAAGGCUGGUCGCCUUAUCCGUUCCAUUAUUCAUCUUCGCUGCCACUAUCUGUCGUAUAUUUAAAGAGCGUGAUUGGGACCCUAUCGAUAGCCUUUCUGAAGUCUUGACGCAUCAAGAUGAUCGAACAAGGCUAGCUGGGACAUACCUUCCGGUUCUUGAUCGUCUUCUUAAUAGACAAAAUAAGAGCCGAAAAGAACAGCUGGUCUCGCAGUUCCAUCAGGUGGUCGGUGCUAUAGUGAUGCUAGAGAGUCCACUCUCUACAGACGCACUAUCGAAGCUUCUAGGCAUCUCUCGGCGGCUUAUAUAUCUUCGACUAAGCCCGCUUCAGUCAGUACUAAGAGUGCCAGACAAUGACAUAACACCUAUACGGCUUUUUCAUCUAUCUUUCAGGGAAUUUCUUCUUGAUCCAGACACUAGGACAAAGACCCCACUCGGUAUAAGCGAGACAGAAAUGCACAAUAUGCUGGCCAGAAAAUGCCUCCUUGUGUGUCGAAAACUAAAGGAGAAUAUCUGUCAACUGCCGAGUUAUGGGAACCAACGUGUGGAAGUUGAUUGCCAAACUAUCAAUGAUCAUCUUCCUCCAGAGUUACAGUAUGCUUGUCGGUACUGGGCACAUCACUUAGUGCAAUGCGCGGGGUUGACGAGCAUAGCCCAUGAAGCUCAUUUAUUUUUCCAAGCGCAUUUUUUGCACUGGGUAGAGGCAAUGAGUCUAUUGGGCUAUGCGUUAGAAAUACCGGGUAUUCUUGAUCUCAUCCGAACAGCUAUAGGGGGAAACGGCUCUUCUCCGAUUUCACAGUUUUUCCACGAUGCUAAGCGCUUUAUUCUAAAAAAUCAACAUAUCGUUGAUCAAGCUCCACUUCAGGUCUAUCGUGCGGGACUUCUAUUUUCACCCCAGACGGCAAUAAUUCGUACAGUUUUCGCGGACGAGCAUUUUCAUUGGAUAAGCCAGUCACCAAUAGUUAAUAAAAUAUGGGGUGCAGAACUACAGGCUCUCGAAGGCCAUUCGGAUUCGGUUUUGUCGGUCACUUUCUCACCGGAUGGCCACCUUCUAGCAUCUGGGUCUGAAGAUCGGACAAUACAUCUCUGGGACCCGCCAACGGGUUCGAUUAUACAAACCCUCGAAGGCCAUUCCGACUCAGUUAACUCAUUAUCCUUCUCGCCUGAUGGUCACCUACUAGCGUCUGGAUCUAAUGAUAAGACAUUGCGGAUCUGGAACCCAGCGACGGGUCAAGAAUUGCAUGUUCUCGAGGGCCAUUCGGAUUCGGUCUUAUCGGUCACUUUCUCACUGGAUGGCCACCUUUUGGCAUCCGGGUCUAGAGAUCGGACAAUAAAUCUCUGGGAUCCAGCAACGGGUUCGAUUAUACAAACCCUCGAAGGCCAUUCCGACUCAGUUAACUCAUUAUCCUUCUCGCCUGAUGGUCACCUACUAGCGUCUGGAUCUAAUGAUAAGACAUUGCGGAUCUGGAACCUAGCGACGGGUGAAGAAUUGCAUAUUCUCGAGGGCCAUUCGGAUUCGGUUUCAUCGGUCACUUUCUCACCGGAUUGCCACCUUCUAGCAUCUGGGUCUGAAGAUCGGACAGUACGCCUCUGGGAUACAACUACCGGUGUCUUAAAGCAGAUUCUUGAUAGCUAUUCGAGCUCGUUUAACACGAUUGUCUUCUCGCCUGAUGGCCGGGUGAUAGCUACUGGUUCUGUCGAUUGGGUUGUGCGUCUCUGGGACUUGGUGACAGGCACCCUACAGAAGACUAUUGAUGGCCAUAUGACCAUGGGCUUCGUUCUGUCGGCAGCCUCUGAAUCUGUAGCCUUCUCACCUGACGGUCAGCUUCUGGCAUCUUGCUCUGCAAAUGAAACAAUACGUCUUUGGGACCCGAUGGCGGGCGAAAGUACUGAAAUUCUUAGUGGAGAUGACCCUCAGCCUCCGGUGCAAUUCAUGAAGUUCUCGCCUGAUGGCCUUUCCCUGGCAUCCGGGUCUUUCGAAAGUUCAGCAGUGUGCCUUUGGAACACAGCCACAGGUGCCCUUACCCAUACUCUUGAUGGGCAUUCCCGUUCUGUAAAUUCGGUGAUCUUCUCGCCCGAUAGUCGACUACUGGCAUCCUGCUCUGCUGAUGGGACGGUGCGCCUCUGGGGCUUACCGAUAGGCACUGUACAGCAGACUCUGAAUUCUCGAUACGGUUCGGUUCACUCGGCGGCCUUCUCGCCUGAUGGCAGGCUACUAGCGUCUUGCACAGAUAAUGGAAGAGCUUGCGUCUGGGACCUCGCGAGAAGCACACUAUACCAGACCUUUAAUUGUCAUUCAGACUCGGUUCACUCGGCGGCCUUCUCAUCUGACGGCAGACUACUAGCGGUCGGCACAGAUGAUGGAAGAGUGUGUAUCUGCGACCUUGCGACAGCUACAUUGUAUCAGACAGUUGAUGGUCACUCAGAUUGGGUUAAUUCCUUGGCAUUCUCACCUGAUAGCCGACUACUAGCGUCCUGGUCUAUGGAUGAAACGGUGUGUCUCUGGGCCUUAGACGCGGGCGGGCUCUCGGAAAUUUGGACUUUCGAAAUAACAGACGACACUUCCGAAUUUUCCCAGGACGGUUUAUAUCUCCACGCCGGUUUAAGCUCCCUUGAUGUUGAAAUGUCAUUUACAACUUCUGUGAAUCGAGACAUCUCUAUUGAGGACGAGCAAUGGAUAAUAUUAGACGGCGAAAGGAUUCUCUGGCUACCCGUCGAGUUUCGGCCUAACCGCUUCAAAAUCAAUGGCGACAGACUUGCUCUGGGACAUGCAUCGGGGAAGGUAUCUUUUCUCCAGUUUUGUAUAUAG